CUAAUUGCCAAUUCCAAAAAGGGAUAAUUGCUAAUGAGAUCAUUGGAUUCUAGCUUUAUUACUUUUUUUGUCAUUUGGGUGCUGCAGAGAAAGUCAGUCUGUUGUUCAGGAAGAAGUCAGUCGACCUGUCUACCUUCAUGUCUGAGGUUUCUAACCGCCUGCCGUGUUUUCUCAUCUCUCCAUCUUGUCUGUCAAAGAGCUGUGCAAGAGCAAAAUUUACUGGAACCAACCACAGGCGAGUCCACCCAUUUCCUUUUUAUUACACUUUUUCUGUCUCACAACUCUGCCUUUCUAUACAAACCCUGUGAAGCAAGGCAUCUCAACACUUCUAGAGGACAUUGGUUUAUUUUUCUCUCGCUCAGACAAUGAGCUGUGACACAAAGACCAAUGAUGGGUGUUCUUCUGGGUACGUGGCGGACAGUGCCAUCUCCAGGCCUCUGAUUCCACCCAGGCCGGGUCAAAAGUGUCAACAUGGAUGGGUUUCCCACUCCCUGCUGAUCAUGCUGGUGAACGUGGCUUUAUGUGGCAUGGCCAUCCAAGCCUGCUUCAUCUACCGUCUGUACCAACUCAAACCUGACACUCCAGCCAUGUCUUCUAAACUUGUUGGAGAUGGAAAAAAGGAAGUAUCUCUUCCUGCAGAGUGGCCCGGAUACAGCAAUCCUUCCAAACCAGCGGCACACCUCACUGAUGGCCAGGACAUAUCCCAUGGACCUAAUGUCAUGACAUGGAGCACAAUUGCAAGUCCUCUUCUCUACAAAAUGGACUACAAAGACGGAGGUCUUGUUAUUCAAAAGGAAGGUUAUUAUUACGUCUACUCAAAGGUGUUCUUUUUGGACAAGAACUUCUUUCAGCACUCGGUUGUUCUGUGCACGGAGAAGUACAGUGGGAAAGCCAUCCCUCUCCUUAUGUCUGAACACUUGGCCCCCAAAUCCAGGGAGGCGUGGUCCAACAGUUACCUCGGUGGAGUGUUUCACCUCGACAAAGACAGCGUUCUUCUUGUGAACGUCAGCAACACCAACAAACUGAAGCGGCACCGGUCCUUUGAGAACAUCUUUGGUGCAUAUAUGAUAUGAGAGCGUGUCAGUGUACAGGAUUGGACUUACUUGUUUUAAUUGUUUUUAUCUCUGGUAUCUUUUUCCCGAUAUCCCAUAUGCCGAUAUUAUCCAAACACUUUUGAUUCCGAUAUCAAUUAAUACCGAUAUAUGCAGCCGUGUGGGUUAAAGGCACCUGACACAUUUCAUUGUGUGCAGUGGUGUCCUAAUGACAAUACUGUUUUACAAAUACGAAUAAUAGUCACAUGAGGUCACAUGAUCUAGGCCUAACCCAGACAUUUAUCAGGUUUUUGUUAUUGGAGAAAAAAAAAGAUAACUUGCUUUUUUUUUCUUGCGUCAAAAAGAGGGGGGAGAAGGUGAGUAAUAUUUGAAUUACUCUGGGUGUGUCCAAGUCUGCUGGGAUGAACAGAUAAAGUGUUUAAAUGCUUUCAUCAUAUUACAGCCGUAUAUCAUAUUACACUAAAUUUCACUGUUUUCUUUUUACCGCUUUUUACACAAAUUUAAGAUCAGAAUAUGCUCAAUGUUUUUGGUUUUUUGUUUGUUUUGUUUUUAAAAAGUGAUACGCUCCCUGCUCUAUAUCCUGCACCUGUCAACAUAGCUCUCAGUGUGUGCACAACUACAAUAUACUGGUAUUGCAUUAAAGAGAAAUUAAAGAGAAAAUCAACACGUGUUGCUCAGUGAUCAGUACGCAAGCUGGAAACCAAAUGUGAGAAGUCAAACGGGGUCUGGUUUUGCAGGAUCCUCCACAGUAGUUGAUGAGAUGCCGGCCUGCUCUGCCCUUCUUGUACACAUCCUUCAGGAGGCUGACUGUUGUCAAGAGACACCGUGGUGCAGAAAUAUGGUUUGGGCAGCUCAGCUUAUAGAGAAAAUGGACAGAUUGGUCAUUAUUUGGGGGUCCUUUUGUUUUCAUCGACAGAUGAUUGAUGUAAAUAUAUUAGCUAAAGGUUGACAGAUUACUGCUGUAGUUUGACAGAAGAUUAGGACACGUUCAGAAGAGAGAAACGUAUUUUUUUGAUUUGUCAACAGUGCCACGCUAUACUUUUAUGAGUUGCUUUUGUUUAUAACAAUCUGAAAAAUAUACAAAAAAAAAAAACUUUCCUCAAACUUAAGUUGUUGUUUUUAAAAUGAUUCAUUUCCUGCCGUAUCAUGUAACACGAGUGUGUUUCUGUAAAUGUUGUUUAGACCAGACCUGGCCACUGUACGGCUUGUGCGCCACAUCCAGCCCUCUGAGAUCGUCAUUAAAUCAAUAUCAAAAGCUAGCUACGA